AUGAGCGUCCGAACACGCCGAAACAAAUCCGUGAAGCGAAAAGCUUUGGCCGAUCUAGCUGUAGACACAGGCAGCACAAACGGCCACGCCAACGGCGUGAUGAACCAGAACAACGUUGAAUAUCGGCGGAAGGCGACAGCUCCCGGCUCCGACACCGUCACCGCGAACCUCAUGUCGCGCGAAUCUUUCACCCUUGACGACCCCGUGCCCAAGACCCCUAUCGCCAACAACCAUGGUUUCUUCGAGUUACCGGUGCAAGACCAGAGGAACUUCCUCCUGUUGGUGCUCCUAUACUUCCUGCAAGGCGUGCCCAUGGGUCUGGCGGGCGGCUCUGUGCCCUUCCUCAUGAAGGACCACAUGUCGUACAGCGAGAUUGGAAUCUUCAGCUUGGCUUCAUAUCCCUACUCCUUGAAGCUUCUCUGGAGUCCGAUUGUGGAUGCUGUCUGGAGCCCCAAGGUCGGCCGCAGAAAGAGCUGGAUUCUUCCUAUCCAGCUGCUUUCCGGAUUUGGUAUGCUAUGGCUUGGAUCGACCGUGGAGAACAUGAUGGCCAACACCGGCAAGCCCGGCGGUCCUACCGUAUGGAACUUCACCGGCUGGUGGUUCUUCUUGGUGUUCAUGUGCGCCACCCAGGAUAUUGCUGUAGACGGCUGGGCCUUGACCCUCCUGACUCCCGGAAACGUUUCCUACGCGUCCACCGCGCAGACGGUCGGCCUUACUGCCGGCCACUUCUUGUCUUACACUGUUUUCUUGGCAUUCAACUCCAAGGAUUUUGCGAACCGCUACUUCCGCAGCUCCCCGUUGGACCAAGGUCUGAUGUCUCUCGGCGGGUAUCUCACUUUCUGGGGCUGGGCCUACAUUGCCAUCACCAUCGGACUGUCUCUCUUCAAACGUGAGGAGAAGACCAAGAACGAGGAUGGCAUCUGGGACGUGUACAAGAUUAUGUGGGGUGUGCUCAAGUUGAAGAACAUUCAGACCAUCAUCAUCGUCCACCUCAUUGCCAAGAUCGGCUUCCAGGCCAACGACGCCGUCACGAACCUCAAGCUAAUCGAUAAGGGUUUCGGUCAGGAGAACAUGGCUUUGACGGUUCUCAUUGACUUCCCCUUCGAAAUCGCGCUCGGCUACUAUGCCGGCAAGUGGUCACAAGAGUACACCCCAAUGCGCUUGUGGUGUUGGGGUUUCAUGGGCCGUCUCGUCGCUGCCCUCAUUGCCCAGUUCACGGUCACCAUCUUUCCGGCAGGCGGCGUAACUUCUUGGUACAUGCUGGUGGUAAUUGGCGAGCACGUCUUCUCGACCUUCACCAACACCAUCAUGUUCGUCGCCGUCUCGGCUUUCCACGCUAGAAUCGCAGACCCCGUCAUCGGCGGCACCUACAUGACUCUGUUGGCCACCGUUUGCAACCUCGGUGGCACGUUCCCGCGCUUUUUCGUUCUGCGUCUCGUCGACUAUUUCACCGUCGCAACCUGCCACCCCGGCAACCCCGCGGACCUGGGCGCUCUUAAGGGCUCAAUUGUCACUGAGCCUUUCUCAUGCUCCUUGCAGCCCGACAAGGAGAGGUGCGUUGCCGGCGGCGGCACGUGUGAAAUGGUGCGCGACGGAUACUACUUUGUCAACAUCAUUUGCGUCAUCUUCGGUGUCGUCACAUUCAUGCUGUACAUUCGACCCAGAGUUUUACAUCUGCAGUCGCUGCCCAUGCGAGCAUGGCGUUUAUCGCCGUCCAAGUAA